AUGUCGACUGUCGACCAUGUCACUCAGCAUGCAGGGUUCCGGAGGAGAGUACUGGGAAAACUCUCAGCGUAUGGAAGUGCGCGAUCCGUGUUCUCGCGAGCAUUCCGCUCAAAUACCGGUUGCACAAUGGGCAUUAUUCUGAGACCUUUUGUUUUCGUUUCAGCAUCCGUCGAACGAGGCGCUGAACGCAUCUCGGAUAGGCGCGAACGUUCUUAUCAGGGAACCACCUGCCCGGAUGUCCAGUCGAUAUUAAGUGAUGUUGAGUUUGGUCGUGUGGAUCCCACGGGCUGGUUCCCACAUUAUAAGAAUUGUGUCCAGCACUUUGUCGACUACAGCCAGCACACACCCCAAGUGCAGUCCAUUGCUGCGUUCAUCAAUAUCCGACUACCCUGCCAGAAACCCGAGCUCGGCGCACAUAUCUCUGGUCCGACAGCAUCCGAUUUUGUUUCGCUUCGGCCUUAUAUCCGACGCCUCAUCGUUACGGCACAGGAUUCCCCAGCUGUGAUGCAUAGCUUUUUCGGUGGGAGCUGGGAGGCUGGCGUGGGCUGUAUCUACAAGCAAGAAAGAUUUAACUAUCUGUUCACGGCUAAGAGCAGUGGAUGGAGGGACACCAAGGCUGCCUACGACAUGGCCACCGACGAACAGACUCCCUUCCUGAGGCCGCUGCGGGAUCCUUCCGAGGAGGAAAUUCGAAUCGCCGAGGGGCGAUGGAGUGAAUGGCUGGCGAUGGAGGAUUGGAUGAUUGGAGCGCGCAGUCCCUGGUAG